AACACCCGGUUCCAGCAUCCAUAUUCAAUCAUUCAAUCCCACCACAUCGAAUAAACUCAGCGCUGGGUUGCUUACAGCAUAAUUCACACCUCGAAUCCUUCCGUUGGUCGCCAUCGCAGAAUGCGAUUUUUAUCACUGACAUAUAAUCAUUGAGACUAUAUCAUCAACAUCACGUUUCCGAGCCCUGUCGCACCGCAAUUGACGACGGAAUUGCCAACUUCCCCCACCCUUUCAUCACGGAUCUCCAUAUAGGCUCGUGUCACAGGAGUUAUGGAACGCCUCUCGAUUAACGACCACUCUGGUGGUCACCAGCAAGGAAAUGCUCCGCCAGGGUUCCCACCGCAAAAUAAUAUGCUGGGACCGAUGUCGCAAGGCCCCCCGCAGUUACCGCCGCAAAUGUUCACCACCGCUGCUCAGUUGCUGGAUUUGACAGAUAAGAAACUCGUUCUAGUGCUACGUGAUGGAAGGAAAUUAAUCGGAGUACUGAGAACUUGGGAUCAAUUCGCAAACCUUGUCCUCCAAGAUACUAUUGAGCGACUGUACGCUGGAAAUCUCUACGCUGAGAUCCCGCGGGGUAUUUUCUUGGUUCGAGGAGAGAAUGUGUUGCUUCUUGGUGAAAUUGACCUUGAUAAGGAAGACGAUAUCCCACCACACGUGCAAAAGGCUCCAUUCGAGGAAGUUUUUGAAAUGAAAAAGAAAGAAGACAGUCAGCGCAAGAAUAGGGAUAAGAAAUCUCAGGGCAAGCUACAGGGUCUCGGUUUCGAGCCUGAACAUAGCGGAGAGAUCCUGUUCUAGGCUAGCUCCGGGGGUUUUGUCUGCUGAUUCCUGUCUACGAUGCCUCCAAAAUGCUGGGACGAAUACGGAACGAGACGCUGUUUGCCCAUGAAGGAGAAUAGGGCACAAGUGUCUCCAAGUUGAUUAAUUGAUACGUCGAGGCUCAAAGAGAAAUGCCUUGCAGCAUCGUCGCAGAAGCCAGGCCAUUGUUAUUCUUGGCUCAUGGCCGCAUGGCGGCUUGACAAAGGGUGCAGUGGAUGUAGCGACUGUCUUGACUAACACAUAGGAAGUGAUCUGUCAUGGAGUUGACGCAAUCACUAGAACCGUUAGACUAAAUAUGGUUGGUAUGGCGGGGGAGUUUGCGAGAACGAGAUACAGGCUGGAUUCUGGCCAAACGAAUAGAUGAUGGCGGCCAUGUUUGACGAUUUCGAUGUCUCAUUACGCUUUUCUUCUCCUUUUCUUCCAUGUUUUAUAAGGACUCUGGUGGUCCAGGCAUGAUGCAGUGUUGUGCCUGACCCCGUACUCUUAGGAUACCAUGAAAACGAGUCUUGUGAGUGAUCACUAUCGAGAAA